AGUCCUUACUCUAAUAGUAUCCAACCGUUGUAUGGUAGGAGCAACUGAGGAGACAGGCCGUGCUCCGUUGAAGGUGCCCCGAGUCCAAAAGCCAUCCCUUUGCCCAAUAAUAACACGUAUCAUAGUCCUUUUCAUAGCCCUCACCAUCAGUCUAGGAACAGCCUGUACUUGGUGGUCAUGGGGAUACUCAUGGGUAGUCGAGGAAAGCAUUGGCAUAUACCCAAUAUACGAAUGUCCACAGUUAGCUCACACCUUUGCCGCGAGCCUAGAGGUCCCAGACGGCCCUCGUUGCCAGGUCUCCCUUCCUUACAGAACCGCUGCUGUGGCCAUCAUAGCAGAGAACGGUUUCGCGGUGUCUGAGAACUCCAACUUGAAUGAACGUCGUGGCAAGUGCGUGAUACCGUCUAGAGCCCAUCACGAGACCGACAUUGUUUGUUACUCACUAGAUUACUGCGGCAACACAUGCCAUGUAUCGGGCUCAUCACGGAGAUGCCCUGACCCCUCGAGCCUCGAUGAUGAUGAGGCCUACGGUGCUGUACCACUCCAGUGUGAUAUCCUUGUUGGUCGUAGGACAGACCACUCACCUGUGGUGGUUACCAUGAACUGUGCUGAUAUCCUCGAUGGCUCUUACUGUAACAAUGACUACAGUGUAUCCCCUUCCAACAUAGUGGCGAUGAGAGGCCUCAUCGCUGGUGUGGUCCUUAUUGUCAUCUUCUGGUUCGUGGCUGAGCUCAUACUCCGUCAUGUCGACAUCAACCUCCGCAAGGAGAAGGCGGAGGGUCUGGCCAAGAUGGCUGUUGAGCUCCCUGAGAAGCGAGCGUACCUGAGAGCUCAGAUAGAGUUGAGAUGGGAUGAGGAGGCACAGCUAGCAUACAAGGCCGAUAGUGAUACCUCCUCUAUAUCUGGCACAGCAUACGAUCUAAGUUCCGUCUACAGUCACCAGAUGGGGUCUGCUGCUCCUACUGCCACUACUGCUAUCACUCCUAGAGCGACACCGAGGAGCUUUGCGGGACCGUAUGACAGCGUCGGUGGGAGCGCUGGGCUGAUGGACAGCAAAGUGAGAUCACAGCUACGAUCAAGAGACCCUAGGAAGCGGUAUGAGAGUAACGCUUGGAGGAGGAGACUGAGGCAGUGGAAGGAACUGAGGGAACAGAAGCUGACCACCUUCCUCACCAAGCAACGCUUCCGGACCAUCCUUCUGAACAUAUUCUUCCUAUUACUUAUAAUUAUUACGCUCUACCUGAUAAUAUACUUCUCACCACAACAGAUGAAGAGCAAACGAACGGCAUUGGAUGCUCUCUUUGGGAACAUAUCGAUUUGGCGUAUGUCGUCAUGGUUGGACCUCCUUAUUUUUAUUGACGUUAUAUUGGACACCUUCCUCUUCCUCAUAGCCUGCUGUGUGGUGAAGUGGCCAAGAGCGCCGGUCUUCAGUCGACACCUUCAGGUUGCUAUGAAGAUAGCAGUCGAUGAAGUAGCUAACGAAGGGUUGGAGGAGGGCCGUGGAUACGAGGAAGACCACGCCUCCCCAAUGGGUAUUCAUAACGUUGGUGACGAGGCGGUGGACCUCAAUAUCAGUCGCGACAGCAGCGAGGAUACGGUCACGGCUGACUUUGUUAUGAACCAAUCAAUGACCAGAGAUUGCUGCCUGAUGGUCGCCUGCCAUAUGUCCACGAUGACAGCGGAGCGUUUCGAUACCUUUACUACCACACUACGAUCAGCUAUGAUGGUGUUCCCUCCUGGUCACAUCUUUGUCUGUGACAACGGGCCAAGCCUCUGCCCACAGGACCAUACACAGUGGGCUGUUCAGCAGGUCCACCCUGAUAUCAAUUACUUAUACAUUCCUGAAGGUAACAAGACCUUCGCCUUCUACUGGUGCAACAAGUACUGGAUACCAUUCCUCUCACGGUAUUCUAGAGUUAAGGACUUUAGGUUUGCAGUCAUCAUUGAUGAUGAUGUCCCCCUGCCUCCAGAUCUUCAUAUCCCUCAGGAGCAUCUUGAAAAGGACCAUAGCAUAAAAGCUGUGGGGCAUUGGGUUCCUUCAUACGUCCGUGAGAAGCCUUGGUGUCAAGAUGUGGAGUAUAAGAUGGCUGCAGUCCACAAGUUACUACAGGCUACCAUGUCUAGGUGUUUGUCAUGUCAUGGUGCCAUCGCCCUUUGGGACCGAGAAGCUCUAGAUGAGGUUUUCUAUGAGCAUGAUACGGUCUUCAAUGGUGAGGAUAUGUACAUGGGGCUAUCACUGCUCCGUAAAAGGGACAACUCUAAGAUCAUAUCAUGUGCUCAAGCCGUCGUUCCUACUUAUGCACCUGAUUCCUGGACGGUAUUGUUCCGUCAACGUGUGAAGUCAUGGGAAUUAACGUCUCACAAGAAGACAUUCUCAUAUUUGUUUGAAGUAUUCCAUCCUGCAUCAUUCUGUCAUGUCGCUAGUCUAGCGUUGAAGCCGUACUUCAUGCAGGAGGCCUCAGACGCUGAUAUGAGGUUCCUGGGCGUGCAUAUGCUUGCUGAUGACAGUGUUCGAGAGGAUGAGAUAAGGGACAUCCCCCCAUGCCCCCCUCAUCCUGAUGUCGAUUGGUUCACAGUGUGGGUACAGAGUGAGCCCGUUGAGAAGCCUCUUACGGCAUCUCAUGCCCUGCCUAGUGUCCUCAUCGACGCCUUUGGUGCUCAUGGCCUUCGCUCUAAGCCUAACAUCACACCACGCGAUAUCGAGGUAUGGCAAACGGCAGCUAGGUACCAAAUACUGAGUAGUAUUGGUAUCAUCAUUGCUGCUAACAUCAAUAGAAGGCCGGGAAUGAACUAUCCUGCUCUACUCCUCUCACUGGGCACCCUCUUCUUCUCAGCUAGUCUUUACGCCUUAGUGCUCACUGGUGUCAAGCGCUUAGGGGUUGUCGCCCCUGUAGGAGGGCUUCUAAUGGCCGCUGGAUGGUUUGCCAUGGCAUUCUGA